GAGCCGGCGUGGCGCCGGGAAGGAGGAGGGGAGCGGGAGAAGGGUCAGGCGCGCAGGGCGUCCGCGCAGCUCGGCUCCGGGAAGGGCGCGCAGCCUCCGCCGCCGGGAUGCGACCGCCCGCGCUGCUGGCACUGCUGAGCUGCUCUGCGGCUUUUGCUUUGGUGUCUGAAGAGAAAAAAGAAAAGGUGAAGCCUUCCCAGGAUUUGGAUCAGAGUAGUCAAUCAAGGAAACAUGACAUAGACUUGAAAGAAAUUGUGUUUGUCAUCCAGAGUCAAAGUAAUCCUUUUCAUGUCAAGAGAGCGGAGCAGCUGAGAAGGAGCAUCUUACAGCAGGCUGCGAAUCUGACGCAGGAUCUCCCCAGAGUGCUCCUUCUCCAUCAGUUGACGAAGCAGGAAGGUGCUUGGACCAUCCUUCCCUUGUUACCACACUUUUCUGUAACAUAUAGCAAGGAUUCAGCGUGGAUCUUCUUCUCCGAAGAAGAGACGAGAAUACAAAUCCGCAGACUCCUAGAAACACUCGGGCGAUUUGACCCAUCUAAGGAAUGGUUUUUAGGAAAAGCAUUGCACGAUGAAGAAUCCACAAUCAUUCACCAUUACGCCUUCUCUGAGAAUCCUACAGCUUUUAAAUAUCCCGACUUUGCUGCUGGCUGGGCCCUUAGUGUCCCACUUGUGAACAAACUUGCCAAGAGGUUGAAGAGUGAGCCCCUGAAGUCUGACUUCACAAUAGAUUUGAAGCAUGAGAUUGCCCUCUACAUCUGGGACAAGGGUGGAGGACCGCCCCUCACUCCCGUGCCUGAGUUUUGUACACACGAUGCCGGCUCCCACUGUGCCACCACGUUCCGCUCUUUUCUGCCACUUUGUGGAACACCAGUGAAUAAGGAGGAGAUUUUUGUUGCAGUGAAAACAUGCAAGAAAUUUCACGGUGAUAGAAUACCCAUUGUAAAGAAGACAUGGGCAGCACAGGCAAGCCUUAUCGAAUACUACAGUGACUACGCAGAAAGCCCCAUUCCCACUGUGGACCUGGGGAUUCCCAACACGGACAGAGGUCACUGUGGAAAAACUUUUGCCAUUUUGGAAAGAUUUUUGAAUCGCAGCCAUGACAAAGUAGCAUGGUUAGUCAUCGUGGAUGAUGACACGUUGAUCAGCAUCUCCAGGCUCCGGCAUUUGCUUAGCUGCUACGACUCAAGUGAUCCGGUGUUUCUGGGUGAGCGCUACGGCUACGGCCUGGGCACAGGCGGCUACAGCUAUGUCACAGGCGGAGGCGGCAUGGUCUUCAGCAGGGAAGCCAUCCAGAGACUUCUUGCCAGCAGCUGCCGAUGCUACAGUAACGACGCUCCCGAUGACAUGGUCCUGGGCAUGUGCUUCAGUGGGUUGGGAGUUCCCGUGACACACAGUCCCCUCUUCCAUCAGGCUCGGCCAGUAGAUUACCCAAAGGACUACCUCUCCCAUCAGAUCCCUAUAUCAUUUCACAAACACUGGCACAUUGACCCAGUGAAGGUGUAUCUCACGUGGCUGGCACCCAGUGAGGAAGACAGUGCCACGCAGGAGACACAGAAGGAUCCAAGAGAAGAAUUAUAGAACAGAGCCUGGGGAAGCAGUUAAAGAGAUGCACCCCAUCCCCCGAGCUGUGGUCCAGCUGCUUGUGUAUGCCACAUGGAAUAGACAUUUCUCAGCCUUCGUGGAAAUAGGGUAUUUUUUGAUGGGUAGACUCAUGACUAGGGAAAACCACUUGUUUUGAUUGAUGUUGUUAUCGUAACAGUGAUUACUGUGCCUUUUUUUUUUUUCUGGGAUGUGACACAACGGCUUUGUGACUGUCACGGGGAAAUAAAUGUUACCUGAAGCCCUUUUCUGUUCUCUUCAUUGUAACGGGGAUUCUAAUACAAGACUAUGACUGGCUGUCAUGCUAUAUAAACAUUGAGUCUUUUGACAUGGAUACUGCCAGUGGGAUGAACCUUUAAGCCAGCAAUUCUCAAUUUGUGGGUCAUGACCCCUUUGGGGUUAAAAUGACCCUUUCACAGGGCUCACCCAAGACCAUCAGAAAGCACAGAUACUGAAGGUUCAAAACAGUAGCAAAAUUACAGUUAGGAUGUAGCAAUGAAAGUAAUGUUAUGGCUAGAGGUCAUAUGAAGCAGCAUUAGGAAGAUUGAGGACCAUUGCUUUAAAGGGUCCUAUUGAUGAUGGAAAUUAGUUCCCAGUAGGAACUCAGCAGGAAUGAGGUACUGAGGCCGAUUCAUAAAUGUGAAAUCCCCCGGCUCUACAAUCACGGUUGUUGUGUUUUACCUCAUCUGCUGGUGGUACCUCAGAAACAGAUUCAAGGCUCUCUGCUGAAGUUCCUGCUCAUUUUGAAGCAUGCAUUGGUAUCAUUCUCCCAGAAGCCCUCUCCUGGAGUGAGUGUCGCCUGGAGUUAUGAUACUGGGUCCACAGGUCUCUUCUGUGUCAGCAAACCCGGUGGGAACCCGGUGGGAGUCUCAGGCUAUAAGCAGCACCUGGAGCUGGUAUUAACUCUUGCUUUUCUCCACAUGUUACUCAGUAACUUGUUUCUGACUCAGGAAGUCUGCACCCUGAGCUGAUGUAGUCUUGCUUUUCUCCAAGUGUUACAUAGUAACUUGCUUCUGGCAGCUACACCACCGACCCUCAUGGAAGAACAGCAUGGGGUUUAGCAAUUUUCCUGGGUUCUUAGAGAAUGAGAUUGGAAUAAAAUGUUUUGAAGCAGCCCUCAUUUUCAAACCAUAGCUUUUAAUAUGUAGUAAUUUAAUAUGUAGUAAUUCAGUAUUAUUGUAUAAAAACAUUACGUGUUAACAUUUAAAGUGAUUUUGUUAUAAAAAGUAUUUGCAUAUGAUUUGAUCACAAGCUCUUAAGUUUUGUAUAUUGUAAUCCUUUCCUUUGUUUUCAACAUGUGGUUCAUUAACCUUGCUUAUAAAAAAUCCAAACCCCAUAGGUUUAAAGCAAUACCACCAAAAGUCCCUAUGUGUUUAUUUUUUAAACAAUGUGCUUUUUCCAUGUAGCUUACUUUUGACUCAUGUCCAAAUUCAUGCAUUAGUAUUUAUCCUUUUCCAAAAUCAGAUAAGAAUCAGGACUAGUGUAUGGCAAUGUUAUCCUUGCUGCCUCUGGUCUCCGGUAGAACACAUUGGAUUCAUUCCGUCUGUGGAAACUGAUUUUGUGGUUCAGCCAGCAAGUAGACUGAGGACAGACAGUCCAGUGAAUGAAAGGGACCAUAAGGGUUUCUGGGCGCUGUGCUAAUGGCUCCAAUGUCAUUGCUGUAACGGCUGUGAGUGUGGCCAUUGCUAUCAUAGUACUUACCUGUUUGACAUUGCAAUAAUACCAUACCUGGGGGACCUGACUGCUACACCCAUACAGUGCAGGGAAGUCUUCAAGUCCCCCCCUCCUCACCUCUGCUCAUGAAGUGUUACCAGCCAGAGAACAGAGUUUCAUGUGACAGGACUGAAGCCAACAUGUCUGAACACAAAAGGCCGUGUCAGCCUUUCUUCUCUGUUACGGUCUGUGCCUACUUCUAGCCUUGCAGAGCCUCCUGGUAUUUCUAGAUAUGUGGUUAAAUUUGUUUCCUUUUUUGGAGUUACAGAAGCCUAACUAUGAAUAAAACAUCUUCAGUCUA